AUCUAUAUAACACCAAGUUUAUGACUGUACGCGGGAUUGUUUUGUAACGUGCACGAGAUAGGUUAUAUUUUGAUGUUUUGUAUUUGAAAAUAGCAAAAGACUAAGAAAUGUCCAGAAAGAAGCAUAAUGUUUCGUACAUCAAACCAGACGAACCGAAAUUUUUGCGGGAAUUGAAAGAAGAAGUUGGUUAUAAGGAAGGACCUACGGUUGACACAAAGAGAGAAGUAUUACCACAAGAUUCAGACGAUGAACAGGAAGAACGUACAGAAGAGCAGCCUGUUGUGGUUGUAUUAAAUUCUGGUGAUUUAACUGCAGAAGAAGCAGAAGCAUUUAAAAAACAAAAGGAAGAAGAGGAAGCCAGUGCUCCAGCAGACUUAUCUAAGCGUGUUAUAUUCAGGAAAAACAAAGUAGUGGAAUCAGAAUCAGAUACUAAGGAUAAGCCAGUGAAAAAGAAGAUGAAAAAAACGAAACAAGAAAAGGCCAUAUUAUCUUUCAAUGAUGAUGAUGAUGAUGAUGAUAAUCUUUAGUAUUAGAAGUAUAUACUUAAAAUAUAUAAAUUGAUAUGCAAUGAUUGUUACGAUAAAAUGUUUGCAACCUUGUGACAAAGUGGUGUGUUGUAAUUAACGAAACUAUAAAAUAGAAUUUAAUAUAAGAAUCGUAUGUUUAGCUACUGACAUGUAUAUACUUGAAUGUAAAUAUUAUCCAUAUUUGUACAUAAACCUUAAAUUGUAUUUCUCAAUAACAACGUUAGAAAUGUGCACGUAAUGCAUUUUCGAAACGUUGAAAUCUGAUAUAUAUAAACUCAUUUUAAGGAGAAUAAAAUGACAUUAUUUAAUUACGUA